GAAUAAAUUCAAAUAAAAUAAUCAUACCUGUUCUUGUUAUAUCUAAAGCUGAUGAUGGUUCGGAUACUGGUGAAAAAACUAGUGAUGAUAUUAGUGACUACUUUGUUGAUGCUGAAGAAUGGACUC